AUGGAGCCAAGACCAACCAUCAAAUUCAAGUUGAAUGGAGUAUUGAGAUCUGGGGCUGAAAUCGAUGACUUGGAACUCCAAGCUUGCUAUCGCGCUCUCGACAACCUGCGGAGCUUAUUGUUUCAAGCACCGAUGCUGGACCUUCUGAGAGAGCAAAUCAAGGAAGGAGACCGCUAUUUCGAAUCGCUGAUUCGAGCCUCUUGGGGGAAAUUCAGAGAAUGCAGAACAUUUAUGAAAGUGGCCGGUGUCUCGGCGACAGAGUUGAGAACACUCUGCAACCGCUGGCAACUCUCCAAACCCCUCGAAGACAUGGCACGAAGGAUUGUAUUCCCAACGCACCCAGAGAACUAUGCGAUUAUGCAUUCCCCAGGAGCUCCCGUCAGAAGUGGGCCAGACUGUGGGGUGGAGGUCAUCGGGGACCACAUGGCGAAGGUUCGAUUUGUGGAUCUCAUGGUAAGCGGGGAGAUUCCCAGGUGGAUGUCGGCGCAGCGAGAUGACAGUUAUGAAAUGGCGGAGUACUUGGUCGCGAAACUUGAGAGUGGGAGCAAGUUUUUCUAUAUUAUGAACGAAUUCAUGGAUACCGAGGGUGGUUGCAGGAUCAAGCUGCGGGCCUUUUUCCCCUCUGCUUCGCCAUGGUCAUUGAUCAAUCAACACGCCGAGCAUCUUGCGGUCGAGUUUCGAAAUCUUCUCCGAAUCGUCCAUGAGACCCUUGAGGAACUUGAAGACAGCUAUUGA